CCCGUGCCCCCCCCGCAGGGGGACCUGAAGCGGUACCUGCGGGCGCAGCGGGGGGCCGGGGGGGGGGCGCCGGAGCUGCCCCCCCGCGACGUGGCCACGCUGCAGCGGUUGGCGCUCGAGGUCACGCUGGGGCUGCGGCACCUGCACCGCCACGGCUUCGUGCACAGCGACCUGGCCCUUCGCAACUGCCUGCUGACCUCGGAGCUGACGGUGCGGCUGGGGGACUACGGGCUGGCCCACAGCAACUACCGGGAGGACUACUACGUGACCCCCGAGCGCCUGUGGGUGCCCCUGCGCUGGGUGGCCCCCGAGCUGUUGGCCGAGACCCGCGGGACCCUGGCGCUGGCGGAGCAGAGCAAGGAGAGCAACGUCUGGUCGCUGGGGGUGACGCUGUGGGAGCUGUUCGAGCUGGGGGUCCAGCCCUACCAACACCUCUCGGACCAGGAGCUCCUCGGCCGCCUGAUGCGCCGGCGCCCGCUGGCCCUCGGCCGCCCCCGGCUCCGCCUGCCCCACGCCGACGGCUGGUUCGGGGUGCUGCAGUCCUGCUGGCGCCCCCCCCCUCAACGCCCCUCCCUGGAAGAGCUGCACCGCCGGCUGAGCACCCUCCUGCGGGGUCCCCCGGGGGGGUCCCCAACCCCGGCGCCCCCCCCUCGCCCCCCUUCCGCCUUCCCCCUCCUCGACGCCUUCCCGGGCCCCGACCCCGAGGACGUCCUCACCGUCACCCAGAGCAGCCGGGGACGUCUGGCCUUCGAGUGUCUUUGGGAACGUGCCCGGGGGGGCCGCGUCGGGGGGGGCCCCCCGCCCCCCCAAAACCGUCCCGGUACCUUGGGGACCCCCGGGGUGCUGCCGGUGUUGGGCGCCCGCAGCCCCUCGGGGACCAGCGAGUAUUACAUCCGCCUGGAAGAACACGAAGGUGGGGGGGGGGCUUCGGCCCCCCCGGGCCCCCCCGCCGUCCCCAACCGUCGCGGGGGGCUCAAUCCGUUUCGGGGGGUCCAGGAGACGGCGCUGACGGGGGGGGCCGGGGAGGGGUGGGGGGAGCGCAGCUCGGCGGGGAGCACGGCCGGCAGCGGGGGGAGCAGCCCCCGGCGUCCCCUGGCUUGUCCCCUGUGUCGGGGGGACGAGGAGGGGGACGACGGCGACGCCCCCCCGGCCCCCUGUACCUGCGCCCUGGCCCGCGCCGAGGUGGUGCGGGGGUGGCGGGAGCGGGGGGCCCCCCUGCGCCCCCGUUGUGACAGCGCCGGGGACGACUCGUCCCUACGGGCCGAGAGGGGCUCCUUGGUGGAGUGUCCCGCGGUCAACGACGUCACCGAAGCCACCGAAGCCACCGGCCACGGCGCCGGUUGGGGGUCCGAGGGGAGGGGGGAGGCGGCGGGGAGAGACGAGGUGAUGCCGUGGGGACAAGAGAGGUCAUCGGUGACGGGAGAGGUGGCAGCCGGGGCGCAAGGGACGUCCCCUUUGGCGUCGGAGGUGGCCUCGUGGGGACGAGAAAGGUCUUCGUUGACGCAAGAAACGUCGUCGUUGACGCAAGAAACGUCAUCAUUGACGCAAGAGAGGCCACCGUUGACGCAAGAAAGGUCAUCGUUGACGCAAGACAGGUCUUCGUUGACGCAAGAAAUGUCAUCGUUGAUGCAAGAAACGUCAUCGUUGACGCAAGAGAGGUCUUCGUUGACGCAAGAGAGGCCACCAUUGAUGCAAGGGACGUCCCCUUUGGCAUCGGAGGUGGCCUCGUGGGGACGAGAAAGGUCAUCGUUGACGCGAGCGACGUCCCCACUGGCAUUGGAGAUGACACCGUGGGGACAAGAGAGGCCGCCGUUGACCAGAGAGGUGGCACCUGGGGCGCAAGGGACGUCCCCUUUGGAACUGGAGAUGGCCCCGUGGGGACAAGAGAGGCCACCAUUGAUGCAAGUGACGUCCCCUUUGGCAUCCGAGGUGGCCCCGUGGGGACAAGGAAGGUCAUUGUUGAGUCAAGAGAGGCCGCCGUUGACCAGAGAGGUGGCACCUGGGGCUCAAGGAAUGUCCCCUUUGGACUCAGAGGUGGCCUCGUGGGGACAAGAAAGGUCUUCGUUGACAAAAGAGGUGGCACCCAGGGCACAAGGGACAUUCCCUUUGGCAUUGGAGAUGACACCGUGGGGACGAGAGAGGCCACCGUUGAGUCAAGAGAGGCCACCAUUGAGUCAAGAGAGGCCACCGUUGAGUCAAGAGAGGCCACCGUUGAUGCAAGGGGCGUCCCCUUUGGCAUCAGAGGUGGCCCCGUGGGGACAACAAAGGUCAUCAUUGAGUCAAGAGAGGCCACCAUUGACCAGAGAGGUGGCACCCGGGGUGCAAGGGACGUCCCCUUUGGAAUUGGAGGUGGCCCCAUGGGGACAAGAAAGGUCUUCGUUGAGUCAAAAGAUGCCACCGUUGACGCAAGGGACGUCCCCUUUGGCAUACGAGGUGGCCCCGUGGGGACAAGAAAGGUCUUCGCUGACAAGAGAGGUGGCACCUGGGGCACAAGGGACGUCCCCUUUGGGCUUGGACGUGGCCUCAUGGGGACAACAGAGGCCUUCGUUGAGUCAAGAGAGGCCACCACUGAGUCAAGAGAGGCCGCUGUUGACCAGAGAGGUGGCACCUGGGGCACAAGGAACGUCCCCUUUGGCAUCAGAGGUGGCCUCGUGGGGACAAGAAAGGUCUUCAUCAACGCAAGAGAGGCCGCCGUUGACACAAGGGACGUCCCCUUUGGAACUGGAGGUGGCCUCGUGGGGACAAGAGAGGCCACCGUUGAGUCAAGAGAGGCCACCGUUGACGCAAGGGGCGUCCCCUUUGUCAUCCGAGGUGGCCCCGUGGGGACAAGGUCCGUCUUCGUUGACACAAGAGAGGCCACUGUUGACCGGAGAGGUGGCACCUGGGGCGCAAGGGACGUCCCCUUUGGACUUAGAGGUGGCCCCAUGGGGACAACAGAGGCCUCCGUUGCCUCAAGAGGGGCCACCGUUGAUGCAAGGGACGUCCCCAUUGGCUCUGGAGGUGGCCCCGUGGGGACAAGAAAGGUCAUCGUUGAGUCAAGAGAGGCCAUCGUUGACGAGAGAGGUGGCACCCGGGGCGCAAGGGACGUCCCCUUUGGCAUCGGAGGUGGCCUCGUGGGGACAAAACACGUCAUCGCUGACACAAGAAAGGUCUUCGCUGAUGCAAGAGAGGCCACCGUUGACGCAAGAAAGGUCAUCGUUGACGCAAGAGAGGCCACCGUUGAUGCCAGGAACGUCCCCUUCGGCAUCGGAGGCGGCCCCGUGGGGCCAAGAGAGGCCACCGUUGACCCCAGAGACGGCAGCGGUGACGCGAGUGACAGCACCGUGGGGCCAAGAGAUGCCACCGUUGCCGCGAGAGGCGGCACCUGGGGCGCAAGGGACGUCCCCUUCGGCCCCCCAGCUGGUCCCGCGGGGACAAAGGCCACCGCUGAUGGGGGAGGUGGCACCUUUGCCACCAGCGAGGUCCCCUUUGACCCCAGAGACGUCCCCGUGGGGACAAGAGACGUCACCUUUGCGAGGAGGGACGGUGCCCGGGACACAAGGGACGUCCCCUUUGGCACCAGAGGUGGCCCCGUGGGCGCCAGAGGCGUCACCUUCGUCACAAGGGACGUCCCCGUGGGCGCCAGAGACGUCCCCCGGGGCGCGAGGGACGUCCUCUGUGGCACCGGAGGUGUCCCCGAGGACGCGAGGGACGUCACCUACCCCGCGAGAGAUGUCACCUACCCCGCGAGGGACGUCACCUACCCCGCGAGGGACGUCCCCGUGGGCGCGAUGGACAGACGUGACGGCCCCCGGGGCACCGGGGACGUCCCCGUGGACACAAGGGACAACACCCGGGGCGCCAGGGACGUCCCCGAGGGAGGUUUUUCCCCGGGGGGGUCCUUGGGGACCCCCGCCAGGGUCCCCCUUCCCGGGCGCCGGCGUCCCCGCGGCCGCGUCCCCGCCGGCCGAGGGUCCCGAGAAGGUGGCCCUGGUGGGCGGGGGUCUCGGGGAACCCCUCGGGGACACCCCCGCGGUCACCCCUCCGUCAACCGGGGCCAGCCGGGGCGGCGCCCCAAGGGGGGGCGUGGAGGGGUGCCAAGGGACAUCCCCAAAGGGGUCCCAAGCGGGGUGCCAAGGGACACCCCCGAAGGGGUCCCCAAAGGGGUCCCCAAGGUGCCAAGAGGUGUCCCCAAAGGGGUCCCCACAGACGUCCCCCUCGGGGUCCCCCGAGAGGUGCCAAGUGACAUCCCCACGGAGCCGCCCCGUGACCUCCUCGGGGCGGUGCCCCGAAGGGGACCCCAAAAAGUGUCCCAAGACGUCCCCAAAAGCGUCUCCAAGGCACCCAGGGAUGUCCCCAAAGGCGUCCCUGGAGAAGGUCCCCAAGGGGUCCCCAAGGAGGGGCUCAGCGAAGUCCCCAACGGGGUCCCCAGCCAAGGGACCACCCAGGUCCCCGAAGGGGUCCCCGAAGGCAUCCCCAAGGAGGUGCCAAGAGAUGUCCCCAAAGGGGUCCCCAAGGAGGUGCCAAGAGACGUCCCCAAGGAAACACCAACAGACGUCCCCAAAGGUGUCCCCAAGGAGACGCCAAGUGACAUCCCCAAAGAGGUGCCAGGAGAUGUCCCCAAGGGGGUCCCCAAGGAGAUGUUCGGAGACGUCCCCAAAGGUGUCCCCAAGGAGACGCCAAGAGAUGCCCUCAAGGGGGUCCCCAAGGAGGUGCCAAGAGACGUCCCCAAAGGGGUCCCCAAGGAGACGCCAAGAGAUGCCCUCAAGGGGGUCCCCAAGGAGGUGCCAAGAGAUGUCCCCAAAGGGGUCCCCAAAGACGUGCCAAGAGACGUCCCCAAGGUGCCACCAAGAGACGUCCCAAGAGACGUCCCCAAGGAGCCACCAAGAGAUGUCCCCAAGAUGCCAAGAGACAUCCCCAAGGAGCCAAGAGACGUCCCCAAGAUGCCAAGAGAUGUCCCCAAAGGUGUCCCCAAAGACGUGCCAAGAGACGUCCCCAAGGAGCCACCAAGAGACGUCCCCAAGGAGCCACCAAGAGACGUCCCCAAGGAGCCAAGAGACGUCCCCAAGACGCCACCAAGAGACGUCCCCGAGGAGCCACCAAGAGACGCCCCCCCAGGGGACGCCGACGACGCCCCCAGGCGGGUCCCCGGCCAAACCCCCGGGGGCGCCAUCCCCAAAAGAACCCCCCGAGGCGUCGCCGCCCCCGAGAGCGUCCCCGUCCUCGCCGGGCCAGCGCCCCACGGCCAGCGGCUCCGAGACGGAGCCGUCCCCGCCCCCCGCGGGCGGGGGCGGGGGGCGGCGGCGGCGGCACCCCCCCCACCCCCCUCCCCGGGACGCCGGGGACCCCCGCGCCCCGCCGCGGGCAGGGGGACAGGGACGGGGUGGCCCCCGGGGCCACCGCCGAGGGGGGCUUCGUGGUGCAGGUGUGCCAGGAGCGGCUGCAGGUCACCCUGCGCUGAGGACGUCACCCGAAAUCUGCUGGCGCCCCGGGGACAGGACGGGCACCCCGAAACGCCGGGGCGGGCGGGGGCGGGGGCGGCCGCCGGAGGGCGGGGGGGGGGACAACGGCGGCGGCGCCGGCACCGACGUCCCCGUCCCCGCGGCCGCCCCGGUCCCCGCGGCCGCCCCCAGCAGCGCCGACAUCCGAG